UUUUAUUAUCUCAUUAAACUUCACUAAACAUCAGAGUCGCCAACUGUAUGGAAGAUUCGACAACUCUGCAAAAGUAAAAAAUACAUCAUAAAGUUAACUUAACAUUGGCAGGCAAAAGUUUACGUAAUUAUGCUCUGUUGGAUUGCGGUGAUCCAACUUUUGUAUUUCCUUCCCAUUUGCUCCAGCAACUACAUCGUGGAAAUCAAAGGUCAUCUAGCAAGGAUGCAUUCUAAUUACAUUAUAAGAAACAUCAGUAGUUCCAACAUUCACCAUUGUCUGCAUAACUGUAUGGAAAAUUGCUCGUGUUUAUCAUUUCAAAUUUGUGGUACAGUUUGUCAACUACUUUCCACUACAAUAACUGAAGGAUCAUUAAAAGAAGAUGGCAUUAGUCAAUGUAAUCAUUUCACAAUGCAUAUAUCUGAUAUCAAGGAAAAUGAAAGUUGCUGCAAAGAAACCUGCCAAACAAUAAUUGAUUGUUGUCGAACGUCCAGUCAUUGCAAUAAUAGAGGAAAAUGUGAACUCAGUAAGCCAUCAAGUAGAAGACGAGCUUCAUGUAACUGUGAUGACGGAUAUGUCGGAGAUCGUUGUCAAACUAUGGCAAGAUCGUGCAGAAGUUAUCGUGGUCAACAAAACGGACAAUAUAAAAUAUUUACUUCUGACGAGCAAUUAAUUACAGUUUACUGUCAUUUUGAUGGGCAUCGCGCAUGGACACUUGUCCAAUCAUUUAGUUUGGAAAAUUCAAUAUACUACAAAAAUAAAGUUUACUACAAAAAUUUCCCCAGAAACGUAGCAAGCCCAUGUUGGAAAGACUACAGACUUUCUUUGGAGACGAUGAUUGGCAUAAAAGAAGACAAAAAUGAAAGAUGGCGCAUAACUUGCAAUUACACAAGCAUUAAUUGGAAUGUUGGAGAUCGUCUUGAGGCAACGCAUAAAAACAUUGAAUUACUGGAUGAAAAAAAGUCAAAGCAUGAUGGGAACUGUGUUCUCGCGGAAUAUGUUGAAAUUCGUGGAGCUUCGUGCAGCCGUUGCAACAUCAGCAUUUUUCAAAAGGAAAGCUGGAUUCUUCAUAUUGAUUCAACAUUCACUUCUUGUGGUCGGUUUUGGAACGGAAUUCCAUGUGAUAAUGGAUAUGGUGAGGACAAUUUUGGUAAUUACAUUUGCGUAAAUCCUAAACACAAUUGCACAUCGUCGAACAAAGCCACCACACAAUUGUGGUUUGGCAAUGAAUGAUAUAUGCAUGAAACUGUAAGUUCUUGUAUAUACAAUGUCCAAUUUGGCAAUUAUUAGCACAGAACUUUACGAAGAGAUCAUAGAAUGUUUUCAGCUAUUCCUUUAAAAUCUUUAUAUUUUUAUAAGUAAGUUAAGCAUCAAGAAAUCAAGUUAUUUAUACAAAUAAGUUUUUGACUUCUUUUGAUUCAUAUAUUCGGUACACCGCCCAAUCGAUCUGAUGAAUGGCAAUCGAAAAGAUUUGAUGAAAACAACAGUUGUAUUUAAUUAAAAAUUUUUUUCUUUGUAAAAACAUUUCAGACUUAAUUAUAAGUAACUUCUUUGCUUGUAACACACGUAAAACAUAAUUUUAAUAGCUACUGUACGUAAUUAAAAAGAUUAAUGCAAAAACGUAAGUAAAAUAUGAAGCGCAA